AUGGCAUCCACAAAAAAUUAUUUUCCAAUGAACACUUAUUGCAGAACUAAUGAUUUGCAAGAGAUCAAAAAGCAACGAUUUGAAUCAAAACAAGAGGUCUUGAAAUACAUGUUUGAAUUUCAUAAAUCGUAUUAUAGGGUUCCUAACGAUUCAAAAGAUGUGAUUAUUUUUCAAUGUAAACAAAAAAAUUGUAAGGUUCAAUUAAAGAUUAUUAAACGUCAAAAAUCAUCAGGAAUAGACUUUUGGGUAGUUGAACCAAGAAAUCGGGAAAAGGAUACACCUCACGAAGUUGAAACACUCAAUUCAUUGGGCUACUAUUACUUACCAAAUGAAAGUGAAGGUUUAGCAAAACCAAUUAAAUUUAUCAAAUUUAACCAUGAUUCAAAUGAUAAUACUUACAAAGAAUAUUCAUCAAGACAACAAUAA